AUGUUGUGCAUUUACAUGGCCUUGGGCGUCCUGAACCAGACUCUUUGGCUGACCUUUGCUGCAAUUCCAGAUGCAACAGCUAGAAGAUACAGCAUCCCGGAAGACUUCGUCGCAUCCUUGGCAGUGCUUUGCAAUGCCGUGUACGUGCCCGGAUCCUGGAUCUGCACUGCGCUUCUCAGGAGCUCUGGGCUGGCGAAGGUUAUGAGAGUCGCCUGCUUGCUGCAGCUGAUCGGCAGCCUCAUGCGUGUUACGGCAGACUCGGCCUUCAGGCAGCUCUCGGGCCCAUUUGCCUUUGUGACCCUCUUUGUCGGCCAGGGCAUUGCAGCACUAGCUUCCCCACUCAUCAUGAACACACCGGCGGUUUUUGCGAGUGCCUGGUUUGGGAGACGCGAGCGAGAGGGUGUGCUGGCAGUGGGUGCGUUGAGCCCCAUCUUUGGACAAGGGCUUGGCUCGGCCAUUGCUGGUUUCGUCGUGACGGGCUAUGAGGCGCAGGGCACAGAGCAGCUCCUGGCAGGGCAAGCCUCACUCAGUGCUCUGAUGGCUUUCUGGACCUUCGCCCAAUUCGUCGACGCCCCCGGGGCAUCCGUGGCGGACAUUCGUAGUGACACCUUUAAAGAAGGUUGGAAGCUCAUACGCCGGCCCAACUUCUGUCUGAUUCUCAUCAUCUUCAAUUGUGGCAUGGGCCUGGCCGCUGCGACCCUGACCUUGUUUGGAAAGAUUGCGGCGAAUUGUGGCUACACCUCCACGGAUGCUGGCAUUGCAAGUGGUAUGUUCAUGGUUGGUGGAGUCGUUGGCUCGCUGGCGACGGGGUGGAUUCUGGGAGCAACUCGAGCUUAUCGCACAAUUCUGCGAUGCUCAAUUGUUUCUUCUGUGGUGUUUGGUCUAAUAUUUCUUGGCAUGCUUCGUCCCGACAACUUGCGCUGGCUUUUGGUGACGACAACAUUCUUUGGCGCUUUCAUGAUGAGCGCGCUGCCGGCUUUGUUGUCCAAUGCCGUGGAAGAGACCUUCCCGACUCCCGAAGACAUCACCACGGCCCUUCUCUUCAAUUCUGCAAUCUUGCUCCAAGUUUUCUUUAUCCCGCUAUCUCAAGGUGUCCUGACUAGCCAGGGCGACACCUGUGCUUCGUGGGGCUCCCCCUAUAGCAUCUUCAUGAUAUGCAUCGCUGGCUUCGGAUGCUUUCUUCCAGCCCUGGUCUACCGUGGCAGAAACAACCGAAUGCUAGCUGAGCUUGAGGAAGAGGAGGCGCAGGAAGGAAGCUGA